AUGGCCAAGGGGGCAAAAGCAGCCGACUGCCAACCUGGAGGCUCUGUGUACACGAGGACUUCGGGGGCACAACCCGUACUGCCGGCUAAACUGCUUGGGUCCCACCCCAACACCCCGUCGGCACCUGCGGUUUUCCAAGACUCUACCCCGGAGGAACUUCUAUUUCCACCACCCUAUCAUAACCCUUGUAGUAACCCUCCCCAACUCCUGCGGUCGGCUGACCACCCUCCCCCAGAGGCGGGCGGGGCUCGUGGGCAGGGUCCGGCGGCAGGCACCCGCUCAGUGAAGGCGAAUUCCCCGGAUUCCACCGUCCUGCCCCUGCGUGUGGCAGGAUUGCCUAAUGAGCAGGGCAACCAGCCCAUGCACUACUGGCCGUUUGCGACCAGUGACCUCUACAACUGGAGAGCACAAAAUGCACGUUUCUCUGACAACCCUAAAGACCUUGUUAAUCUCCUAGACACUGUUCUAUUUACUCAUCAGCCCACCUGGGAUGAUUGCCAACAGCUCUUGCAGGUCCUCUUCACCACUGAGGAGCGAGAUCGUAUACUGACGGCCGCCAGGAAAUUAGUCCCUGGAGAAGAUGGCACACCCACCACAAACGCGGCCCGCAUAGAUUUAGUGUUUCCCUUGACCCGACCUGACUGGGAUUUUAACCAGGCUGAAGGUAAGGAGAGACUCCGGGUGUACCGCCAGACUCUAAUGGCAGGGUUGCGUGCAGCAGCCCGCAAGCCCACCAAUUUGGCCAAGGUAGGGGAUGUGCAGCAGGGAAGGGAGGAGACCCCCGCGGCUUUUCUAGAACGCCUCAUGGAAGCUUUUCGGCAAUAUACUCCUAUGGAUCCGGAGGCAACGGAGAACAGGGCCGCGGUGGUGGCAGAAAAGGUGUACAAUCGCCGUGAAACUCCUGAGCAAAGAGAAGACCGCAUCCGCCAGGAAGAACGGAAGGACCGUCAGGGCUCGACCCUCCCCGAGCCCCGGCUAACCUUAAAAGUGGAGGGGAGACCCGUUAAUUUCCUUGUGGACACGGGGGCACAGCAUUCAGUCCUCACGGAACCCUUGGGUAAACUUUCCGGUAAAACUUCGUGGGUGCAAGGGGCUACGGGAUGCAAGCAGUAUCCCUGGACCACGAAAAGAUCUGUAGACCUGGGAAAAGGUCAGGUCUCGCACACCUUCGUUGUAAUGCCUGAAUGCCCGUACCCAUUAAUUGGAAGAGACCUUUUAACCAAGGUAGGAGCGCAAAUCUCAUUUGGACAGGAAGGUGUCGAAAUCAAGGACUUUAAGGGCUCUCCCCUACACGUCCUCACGAUUUCCCUUCAAGAUGAGUACCGCCUUUUGGUGGCGCCAGAUCACCCACCCCUUUCUGGGUGGUGGAUGGAAUCUUUCUCGAAUGUUUGGGCAGAAACCGGGGGCGUUGGCCUGGCGUCCCACAGACCACCCAUUAUAGUCCAGCUAAAGCCUGGGGCUGAACCCAUUCGGGUAAAACAGUACCCUAUGCCUGCAGAAGCCAAGGCAGGAAUAACGCCUCAUAUUCGGAGGCUAUUGGACAGUGGUAUCCUUAAAACAUGCCAUUCGUCAUGGAACACCCCUUUGUUACCGGUGCGAAAACCACACUCGCAAGACUUCAGGCCGGUACAGGACCUCAGAGAAGUAAAUAAACGGGUCAUAGAUAUCCACCCCACAGUCCCAAACCCUUAUACCUUGCUGAGUGCCUUGCCACCUACUCAUGUGUGGUACACAGUAUUGGACUUAAAAGAUGCCUUCUUUAGUCUACCACUAGCACCCCAAAGCCAGGAAAUGUUUGCCUUUGAAUGGCAGGAUGCGGAACGGGGCAUCAGUGGACAAUUAACUUGGACAAGGUUGCCUCAAGGGUUUAAAAACUCUCCCACCCUUUUUGACGAGGCCCUUCAUGAGGAUUUAAGAAAAUUCCGCAGCCGAUUUCCCGAACUAACUUUGCUCCAGUAUGUUGAUGAUCUGUUACUUGCAGCGGAAAGUGAGCAUGCCUGCCGAACAGGAACAGCCGAAUUACUGACGGAACUGGGCCAGAUGGGAUACCGCGUCUCCGCAAAAAAGGCACAAAUUUGCCUGCCCGAGGUAAUCUAUCUGGGCUACCGCCUCAAAAACGGUUAUAGGUGGCUGACGGAAGCCAGAAAAGCUACUGUCUUACAGUUGCCGACACCCACCACCAAAAGGGAGGUACGUGAGUUCCUGGGAUCUGCUGGGUUUUGCCGGCUAUGGAUACCUGGAUUCGCAGACCUGGCCCAACCCUUGUAUGAGGCUACCCGGGAAAAAGUAACUUUUCAGUGGACUCCCCAGAUGCAGCAGUCUUUUGAGUCCUUAAAGAGGGCUUUACUGUCUGCACCAGCCCUGGGUCUUCCGGACAUUACAAAGCCUUUCCAUUUGUUCGUAGAUGAGGCAAAGGGCAUAGCUAAAGGGGUGCUCACUCAGUCCUUGGGCCCCUGGAGGCGUCCUGUGGCUUAUCUGUCUAAAAAGUUAGACCCGGUGGCGUCCGGCUGGCCACCGUGCUUACGCAUGGUGGCAGCGGCUGCCCUCCUUUUCAAGGACUCCCAAAAACUGUCUCUGGGACAAGUUACUUCCAUAAUCACCCCCCAUGCGGUGGAAGGAGUCCUCAGGCAGCCGCCAGAGAGGUGGAUGAGUAAUGCCCGAAUCACGCAUUACCAAAGCCUAUUGCUCAACCCAGAGAGGGUCAAUUUUUCGCCACCCACGGGGCUAAACCCCGCCUCCCUCCUACCUGCCCCUGACCUGGAGGCCCAUCUAGACUGUGUUGAUAUCUUGGCCCAGGUCCAAGGGUUACGCCCUGAUCUGCGAGAUAACCCUCUGCCGGACGGACUGGUUUGGUUUACGGAUGGGAGCAGUUUUAUCCACGAGGGCCGAAGAGCGGCAGGGGCGGCAGUGGUGUCCAUGCAGGAAGUCAUAUGGGCUGAGCCUUUGCCAUCCGGGACGUCCGCUCAAAAGGCUGAACUAAUUGCCCUAACCAAAGCUCUCACCUUGGCUCGAGGGAAAAAUUUAACUGUGUAUACUGACAGCAGAUAUGCAUUUGCCACGGCCCACGUACACGGGGCCAUAUAUCGAGAGCGCGGGCUCUUAACCUCCGACGGCAAAGGCAUUAAAAACGCUCAAGAAAUUAUGGAUCUCCUGGCAGCGCUGUGGCUACCACGUAAGCUGGCUAUAGUACACCAUCCAGGUCAUCAAAAGGACUCCUCGACUCCAACUCAAGGUAAUAAGCGGGCGGAUGAGGCAGCACGCCAAGCUGCCCUAAUGCCGGUAAAUGCCCUGACAGUAAAACUCCCAGACCCAGGGGACCCGCAGCUGCCGAAAGACCCAGAGUAUAAAACUAAGGCCAUCUUGCCAGCACACUUGGCCACUAAUCUCAUUCAGCGCUUGCACCAAGCCACGCAUUUGGGAGAGAGAAAAAUUCUAACUCUAAUCAGGCAAUGGAACCUCCAUGUCCGGGACGCAACCUGUACCGUGCGACAAGUAGUGGCAUCCUGCCAGUCGUGUGCCAUGGUAAACGCCACCAAGACAACCGGUGAACCAGGAAUGAGGCCGCGAGGAACGCGCCCGGGGGUCCAUUGAGAAAUAGACUUCACCGAGGUAAGACCAGGUAAAUUUGGCUAUCGAUACCUGCUGGUCCUGGUGGACACGUUUUCCGGAUGGCCGGAGGCGUUCCCGACAAGAGGUGAGUCAGCUCGAGUGGUAGCCAAAAUCCUGUUGGAAAACAUUUUUCCUAGAUUUGGGUUUCCAGUGACCAUUGGGUCAGACAAUGGACCAGCCUUUGUCUCUCAGGUAUCAAAAUCUGUGGCUUCUGCCCUGGGAGCAGAGUGGAAGCUCCAUUGUGCCUAUCGGCCCCAGAGUUCAGGGCAGGUGGAGAGAAUGAACAGAACUUUAAAAGAAACUUUAACUAAAUUAACUUUAGAGUCUGGCGGGGACUGGGUGACUCUCCUUCCCUAUGCCCUCUUCCGGGCUCGCAAUUCCCCUUAUCGUCUGGGUCUGUCUCCGUUCAAGAUUAUCUAUGGAACCGCCCCCCCAACCACACCGCACGGUGCGCAGUUAGCUUGUGAUUUGCCUUCUGAUUGUGAACUUUUUCUUUCUGUGUGGGCUGUACAGCAGGCUCACCAGGAGGUCUGGCCCCGCCUCAGAGCGCUCUAUGAAGGGGGAGGACCUUCUCAGACAGCCCACAAAUUUCAGCCUGGAGAUCUUGUCCUUGUCCGCCGACACAAGACCGACGGUCGUGGCCUCCAGCCCCGGUGGAAGGGUCCCUACAUCGUCCUCCUGACCACACCCACCGCACUCAAAGUGGACGGCAUCGCGGCCUGGGUUCAUCACUCACACGUCAAGACGGCACCAACUGAUGACUCCCAGCUGCAGUGGCGAGCCCGGAAGCAUCCCACCAAUCCACUCAAGCUGACUCUUCAGGCGCUCCCGGCUACAACCCAUCGCUCCCAGACCACUGCCCACGCCGUGAAAAAUGACACCAAACUGUAAUGUUGGCUACCUACUGUCCU